GUGUUUGUGUGUGUGUUUCAUCUGAUCAACAUACUUGUCCUGAUGCAUUCGACAAAAAUUGACCUUCUUGAGCAUCAUGACAUCAAGUAAGUUAAUGCACAUAUGACAAGAGAAACACUGACCACAAGGCGCCUGUUUGAUUUCCGCCUUACCCAAGCGAGCAGUAGAUGGUGCUUCCUGUGCAAACCGCAGGUUAGUCACAUGAUCAAGCUUCCACGUUCAGCGCUUUGUUCCGCUUUACCUCUUCCAUGCAUCGGUAGGAAGUCGAUCGCUUACGCUUCAAAGUUAUUGAGGUGUAAACAAUGCUGAUGUCAAAAAUAUAGUUAAAAAAGAAGAACCAAGGAGGACGAAGACAGACGGACAAAGAUGGAAAUGCAGAGAGGGAAUCCUUCAUUGUUGGACAAGAGGCCGCAGGCAGUGGAGGCCAAUGGAGGAAGUCACCAGCCUUCGUCUCUUCCUGAACUUCGCUUGGUUUUACUAGGCCGCAAAGGUGCUGGGAAAAGCUCCGCUGGAAACACCAUCCUAGGCCUGGCGGGAGGGUUUGAGACAGGCAAACCGACCGAGGAGUGUGUGAAGAGGCGAGCCGACGUGGCAGGAAGGCGAGUUACGGUUGUGGAUACCCCAGGCUGGGAAUGGUACUAUUCAGUGAACGGGACUCCUGGUUGGGUGAGGAGAGAAACGAAGCGGAGCAUGUCCCUGUGUCCGCCAGGUCCCCACGCCGUGCUUCUAGUGGUGCGAUCCUGUACUUCGGUGACAGCUGACUACCAUCGGCAGAUCGAGGAGCAUCUAGAGCUGCUGGGCAAAGCGGUGUGGGAUCACACGCUGGUGCUGUUCACGAGGGGAGACGAGCUGGGCUCGGUUCCCAUCGAACAGAGGAUUCGAAACGGCGGCAAGGCCUUCCAGACGCUCCUGGAGCGGUGCGGGAACAGGUUUCACGUUUUGGAGAACAAGCGGCGCGUUGACGACGGAUCGCAGGUGAGGGACCUGAUGAGGAAGAUGGAUGAGCUGGUGGAGGAGAGAAGAGGGAGGUAUUAUGAGACGGAUCUGCUGCUUCUGGAGCUGGAGCUGGAGAGCAAACGCAGGGCUCGGGAGAGGAGGAAGAAACAGAGGCUGAUGGAGGCGCAGACGCACCGAGGAACCAUCAGAGCUGUGAUGAUGAAUGAUAAUCCGCAAACGGAAGACCUAGAUGAGAGGAAUCUCUUCUCCAGAGGUUCACAUCGUCUCCCGGAGCUGAGACUUGUUCUGCUGGGAGAGAGGGAGACGGGAAAAAGCUCUGCCGGGAACGCCGUCCUCGGUGGAGCGGAAUACUUUCAAAGCGGAGAGGCCACUGAGGAGUGUUCGAGACAACAGACGGAGGUUUCUAACAGACUGGUGACGGUGGUGGAUGUGCCCGGAUGGGAGGGUGAACCUGGAGGAUUAACUCCAGAGAGAGUGAAGCGAGAGAUUGGACUUAGCGUCACGCUUUGUCCUCCUGGACCUCAUGCAUUUCUACUGGCACUGAGAGUGGACGCAAUCAUCCAAGCGCAGGCGGUGCGGGAGCACUUGGAGCUUUUGGGAGAGGCAGUUUGGAGACACACCAUUCUUUUGUUCACGAGAGGUGACCAGCUACGAGAGGGAGUCAGCAUCGAGCAGCACAUCCAAGGAGGAGGAAAGGAUCUUCGCUGGUUGGUGGAACGAUGUUCAAACAGAUUUCACGUUAUCAGCAGCAUCGCUUGCUUGGAAUCUCGGAAUUCCAAAACUCAGAUCACGGAACUUCUGGAGAAGAUUGAGAAGAUGGUGGCGGCAAAUCGCUGCGAGGCAUUCUCGCCACUGGUGCAUGAGAUUCUAGAGUUAGGAAAACUAAAGAAUGAGAAAUUCCAGCUGAAGGUCAAGGAGUUCAGUGAUAAGCUUCAACGGCAGGAGGAGGAACUGAAGAAGAUGAAGGAACGAGAGGUCAAGAGCAUUCGGUGGUUUUUCGAGAGACGCAAAAAAGACAAAGUGCAAUCUCCAGGGAAGGCUGAGAGGGAAGAGGCGCCGUAUCGAGGUGAAGAUGACAGGAGAAGCGUGAUGGGCGAGCUGGAAGAGAGGAUGGUGUGGUUGACCGAAGACAAGGAGAGAGAGUUACAAGAGCUGAGCACAGAAAUGAGCAAAGUCACGGUGAAGCUCCAUCAGGGACAUAAAGAGAAAGAGCAACUGCUGAUGAGAUUAAAGGAACGAGAGCGAGAGGGAGAAGAACUUAAAGAAAAAGUGGAGGAGCUUCAGAUGAAGCUGCUGGAAAUGGAGAGCAUGGGUGCCGUCAAAGAGCAAGAGAGGAAAGAGAAAGAGGCUGAGAUUCAGCACGCACACUUGCACGAGAAGAAUGAACUUCAAAACAAACUGCUGGAAGCUGAGAAAGAGAAUGACAGGAUGAGAGGAAAGGUUGAAGAAACUGAAAAAGAGAUGGAUGCAUCACAGCGUAGGUAUGAAGAAGAGGUUGUCUGGCAUAAGCAAGAGAUGGAGAAGAAACUGAAAGAAAGAGACAAUGAAGCUGAAAACAUCUUAAGAGAAAUCGAGAGGGUGAAACUGAACGCUGAGAGCAGAGAAAGAGAACAAAGAGAGAGAUUCAGUGAACAAGUAGAGAAGAGAGAGAAAGAGAUGGACAAGCUGAGAGAGGUGAUAGAGAUGAUGACCAAAGAGAUGGAGCAGCUUCGUAUGUCCUAUCAGGAGCAAGUGAAAACAACAGAAGCUGAGAGAGAAAUGCACAGAGGAACCGUUGAGAAAUACAACACACUCAUUGAUAAACUGGUGGGUAAAGAUGAGGAAAUAGAGCGAACGAUGAGAGAAAAAGAAAAGGAGCUGCAUCGAAAUGCUGAAACGCAAGAGAAACUUCAGCAAAAAGAUGAGGAAAUAAUCAAACUAAGACAAAGAGAUCAGGAAAAAGUGCAAGAAAUUGAGACACUGAAGCAAAACAUUACUGAAAAACAGAGGGAUAUAGAGAAGUUAAGAAACACUGUCGAGGCAAAUACUGAAAACCAUGCAGCUGAACUUCAAGUCCUGAAGAAAGAGUUGAAAACUAAAGAAGACGAAAUAGACAAAUUAAAACAAAGAGACCUAGAGAAAAACAAAGACAUUGACAAACUAAAGAAAGACAUUAGCGAAAAACAAACUGAUAUUGAAAGGUUAAAUGACAAUAAUGAAGAACAUGCAGCUCAAAUAAAAUUUGUACAGGAAGAGUUGAAGUUAAAAGAAGAGGAAAUCAAAAAAUUAAGACAAAGAGACCAGGAGAAGGAACGAGAGAUUGACAUGCUUAGGCAAAACAUUAGCGAAAAACAGAAAGACAUUGAAAAGUUAAGAGGCAAUAUUAAGGAACGUACUGAGGAAAGUGCUGCUCAACUCAUGCAUUUAGAGGCAGAGCUGAAAAUAAAAGAAGAUGAAAUAACCAAAUUAAAACAAAGAGACCUGGAGAAAGACACAGAAAUUCACACACUUAAGAAAAACAUUAUUGGCCAACAACAGGACGCUGAAAAAUUAAAAGACAGCAUGCAGACGAAUAUUGAAGAAAGUGCUAUUCAAUUGAAGCAUUUAGAGGAUGAAUUCAAAACAAAAGAUGGUGAAAUAAUCCAAUUAAGAACAAGAGAACUGGAAAAAGAGAGAGAAAUUAACACACUGCAGAAAAACGCUCUUGAAAAACAGAAAGAGGUUGAAAAGUUAAGAGAAUGUAUUCAGGUAUAUAAUCAGGAAAGUGCAGCUAAACUAAAACAUUUAGAGGAAGAACUACAACAAAAGAGAGUGAAAUAA